CUUUAAACACGGUAGUAAAGUUGAUAGUAGGAGACACUCCGUAGUUUAUAUAUAUAUUUGGGCGCGGCGUGGUACAUCCUCACUUUUUCAACCACACUACCACAAAAUCCUCUCCCUCCCCCACUACAAUUCUACAAUAAUCAGUUGCACUCACUCUCCUUACCUUACUUAACAACUACACCUAAUCCAACCGAACCCAAUCCAAAUCCACAAUACAAAUGACCCUCAACACCCCCCAAGACCACCCCGACUCCGACUCGGACGACGCCAUUUUAAAAGCCCUCGAAGACGAAGACGACCCCGCCUACCGCGCCUCGCGAAUCGAACAACUCAAUGCCGAAUUCGCCUCGAGCCAGUACGAUCCUCGAACCUCCGCUGGCGCACCCUCGUCGUCCGCAACAGCAGCAGCAGCAGCGGUAGCAACCCUAAUGGUCCAGCAAGACACGCUCUACCCGACCCUAAUAUCCGACCCAACAAUCCUCGACUUCACCACGCAAACAAACCGGUGUGUGAUCCACUUUGCACACCCGGAUUUCGCAAAGUGCGGGGUCAUGGACGAACAUAUCCGCGCGCUGGCAAGUCGACACCACGAGGUGAAAUUUGCCCGGGUCGAUGUGCGCCAUGCGCCCUUCAUCGUGGAGAAAUUGAAGAUUCGGGUUCUGCCUUGCGUGAUUGGGUUUAAGGAUGGGGUUGGAGUGGAGCGCGUUGUUGGGUUCGAAGGGUUGGGUGUUGGUGGGCGCGACGGGGCAAGUGGGUUUAGUACGGCGACGCUGGAGAGGAGGUUGGUGUUUAAGGGGGUUUUGGGACAGGCCAAGUUUAGGGCUGGCGAGAGUGGCGGGCUUUCGGAUGAGGAGGAUGAAGAGGACGAUGAAAGCGGGAGUGAGGGUGAAGGAGGAGGGAGGAGGAGGAGGAGGAGGCCGCGGAGAAGGGGGAUUCGAACGGGGAAUGCACGGGGUAGUGGGAGGCGCGAUAAUCAGGCCGACGAUGACGACGACGAUGAUGAUGAUUGGGAUUGAAAUAGAUUGAAUGGGCUGUGCAGUGCAGGUUAGCUUAAGGAAUGGCUUCCCUCGCGAUAGGAGAGGGAAAUAUUGCUGGUCGAGGCCCGCAGUUUAGGUAGCUGAGAUGUGCUGGCUAGGGAGUUGUGGCUACCGAAUGAAUUGACACCCAGUUGAACCGCCUCGAGUGUUCUCUGGUAUGUCUGUCUGCGAGGGUUGGUGGUUGUAAGCCAGGACAAUCCCUCCUAUAUACACCUCCCAAGUUGGAUAGGGGCCAGGGCCCUAUAUCCGGACAUACAAGUAUGAUAAUACUACCAGACAUUAUUACAGAGACCAAAAGUACACCUCGCAUCCAUCCAUAUGCGUCCAAAGUGAACGCCAGAGCGGUAGAGCCGCAAGCAAGUGUCGGUUGUUAGGUAUGAAAGCAAGAUGGAAUUUAGAGCAAUCAUCAUCAUGCGUGUGUAUAUGGGUAACAUUAAUGAAGAGCAACAAGACAAAAUUGAGA